AUGAAGCUCCUUCUCCUGGUUUUGACUAUUACCCUGCUCCUGGCCCAGGUCACCCCAGUCAUGAAGUGUUGGCGUAAGUUAGGCAGGUGCAGAACAACGUGUAAAGGGAAGGAAGAAUUCUACAUACUGUGCAAAAAUCAGUCAAAGUGCUGCGUGGAUCCCAAGUAUGUACCUAUGAAAUUAGACUUCUCAAACAAAGGAAGCCUGGGAUUUACUUCUGCAGUCUGA